AGCAGUGGGUACCCAGGGAGACGACAAAGCACUCGCUAAACAACUUUGUGUUUUCGCUGCCAUUUUUUGUGGCCUUGUUUUUGACAUAAACUGAGGACUUCAUGGAGCCUGGAUGAUUUGAGCAGGCGGAUUUUGUUCAAUGGCUCCCAGAAAAGUCCAGUGGCCUCUUGUCAUUGUCGUCAGUCUGCUUGUGCGCGAGUGUCUGGGGGGCUGCUCUGAGGUGGACUCGCUGACAGAGGCCGUGCAGGGCGAACCCUUUGUGCUGGGCUGCAUUUCCUGCAAGAAACGAGGGGAAGUGUCGGCCAUCACUACCGUCGACUGGCAUUUCAGACCCCAAGGAAAGGAAAACUUCACGCACAUCUUCCACUACGAGCACCCCAGCGCCGACGUGAUGGAUGACGCCUUCAGGGGACGCCUGGACUGGCUGGGCACACGGGGCGAGGACAUCCAGGCCGGCACCGUCGCCGUGCGCAACGUCAGCUACACGGACGCCGGCACAUAUCGCUGCAUCUUCAACAGAACGCUCCUGCUGGCGGGCUUCCGGCACCAAGUCAGCGUGGAGAAGGAGGUGGAGCUCAGCGUGGUGGACGCCGCCAAGCGAGAGCUGGCGGCAGUGGUGUCGGAGAUGGUCAUGUACGUGCUGAUCGUGUUUCUGCAGUUGUGGCUCAUCGUGGUGGUGGUCUACUGCUACAAGAAGGUGUCCGACGAUAUGGACGCCCGCGAGGCUCGGAGAGCUCUUAAGGCUCCCAAGGAGUACGUUGAAUAAUUCUUUCAGCCUGCCAUGCAUGUUUUUGGAAUGUGGGAGGAAACCGCAGUACCUGUACCUGGAGAAAACCUGCGCAGGUCCGGGGAGAACAUGUAAACUGGAAUUGAACCCAGUACCUCUGCACCGUGAGGUCGACUCGCCAACCACUGGGCCGCCCUUGUUAACUUGCAGAAAAACAGUUUUCAUAAAGCAUUGUGACAUAUAGCAUGCUUACAAGGUGUGUGUGUGUGUGUGGGGGGGGGGGGGGGUUGUGUUGCAGACUGCUGGACUGUGAUGGCAUCAAAUUGGGGGAAGCUAAAUAAUCAAAUAAAUUUUAUUUUCAAAAACA